CCCCCGGGUUUCCGAGUCUUCAGGGCCGUUUUCACAUGAUUUCCCUAUUUGACCUAGUUUGAUCUGACACUUGGCACCAACUGCCGAGGCUCCUUGCAACCAAUCACAUCGCUUCUCUGCUUCAGCUCCUCGAGCUGUGUAGCCCGACGUGAUCCGCGCGAUUUCCCCAAAUUUGGCGACAUUCCCCAUCUUCCUCUUUGUCUUUCUCACCUCUCCUCAAACCUGCAACAGUUCAUCAUGGCGACAAGCACGACCGGCAACUUCAAGCUAGCCAGUGGCCUCGAGGUGUACUCGCGGGUGUGGGAGCCCUCCACCCCGCCCAAAGCCCACAUCGCCUUCCUGCACGGCUUCAGCGACCGCUGCGACCACUACGACCCCUUCUUCACCCUGCUCACAAGCCAAUACCCCAUAAAAGUCCACGCAUGGGACAGACGCGGGUGGGGCAAGACCGCGACCACCAAAUCCCAGCGCGGCGACAUCGGUCUGACACCCCAAGUCCUCGGCGAGAUCAACGAAGCCCUCACACACAUCGCAUCUACGAUCCCCGAUACCAAAUCCACCCCGCUCUUCGUCAUGGGACAUAGCAUGGGCGGCCAAGAGUCCGCGCAUUACCUCCUCUCCACAGACCCGAAGCUAUCCAAGGAGCGGCCGCCGAUCGCGGGGUGGAUCCUCAACGCGCCGUACAUCGGGUUGGACCCGGCGAGUCGGCCGCAUUGGCUGAUUGUCUCGGUGCUCACGUUUGUGUCGCGGUUCCUGCCGAAGCUCAAGCACACGCAGGAGCUGAAUGUCAAGUUUGUGAGUCGCGACGUCGCGGUGCAGGAGAAGUAUCGCACGGACCCGCUGUGUCAUAAUACGGGGACGUUGGAGGGCUUGAAGGAUCUGCUCCAACGCGAAGCAGACCUGACCGCCCUCUCCUCGGCAACGGAACCCGUUCCCACGGGCCUGACGGCGAAACUGCCCUGUCCCGUCUUCUGGGCCCACGGGUCGAAGGACAUGAUUACGUCACCCACCAUUUCGAAGCAGCUCUACGACAGGCUCGAGCCGUAUGAUGAGACUGACGCCGAUGCAAAGACGUGGAAGUCGUUUGAGGGCGGAUACCACCAGCUGCAUGCGGAGCCGGAGGGGAUGGGCGAGGAGUAUACGCGGGAUGUUGGGGAGUGGGUGAUGAAGUUGAAGGGUAAGAUCACAGGGGCUACUGCUGCGUCUGCGCAGUAGGUAAGCUGUGCAGUGCAGUGCUGGGCUUAGAGAGUGGCAAAGUUGUUUAUAGUCUCUACAUAAUCCAAUCUCACGAACACGACAUGCAAAUAGAACCAGCGGGUCCGGAAUUCUCAUUCAACCAAAAUAUUCCCACGGAUGGUAAAUGAAAUGAUCUAGACCUUCCUCUUCGAGAACCGCACCGGCAGAGGCGCGCAAACCAGCGUGAAUG